CGCGGCGCCGCUCACACUAACAUGGUUCCCUCGGACAUGGUAGUGCGGGAAGCAAGAUUUGAACGGAAAAAGAGUUGAAAUUGAGUGCGUUAAGUCCGUUCAGUCCCUCCAGACAUGAGUGUAGACGCGUACGGCCCCAGCUCCCAGAGUCUGACCUUCUAUGACACCGAGGAGACUGACCUUUUGGGGGCUGACACGCAGGGGUCAGAGUAUGAAUUCAACUUGACCCUCGGCAGCCAGACCCAGACCCAAGGCGACCCGCUGGACAAGACACAGCCCUCCCAGAGCCAGGUCACUGUCAAUGGGGAUGUGGAGGCAGAGGUGGAGAAGGUGACGGAGACGCUGGGAGAACUACAGUUUGAGGAAGAGGAAGAUGAAAAUGCUUUCUAUACCAAGGAGCUCCCUGAGUGGGCGUGCCGCUACUGUGGUAUCCACGACCCGGCCUCGGCGGUUAUGUGCAACGUUUGCCACAAGUGGUUCUGCAAUGGCCGUGGGAACACCUCCGGCUCCCACAUCAUCAACCACUUGGUUCGCGCCAAGCAUAAGGAGGUGAGCCUGCACAAGGAUGGCCUGGUGCGGGACACGGUGCUGGAGUGCUACGCGUGUGCCGUCAAGAAUGUGUUUGUGCUUGGCUUCAUCCCCGCCAAGGCCGAGUCGGUGGUGGUGCUCCUCUGCCGCCAGCCUUGUGCAGCACAGAGCUCCCUGAGAGACAUGAACUGGGACCCAGAACAGUGGAAGCCCCUGAUCAACGACCGUGCCCUGCUGCCUUGGCUGGUCCGGGUGCCCUCAGAGGCCGAGCAGCUUCGUGCCCGCCAGAUUACGGCACAGCAGAUCAACAAACUGGAGGAGCUGUGGAAGGAGAAUGCCUCUGCCACCUUUGAUGACCUGGAGCGGCCGGGAGUGGACGAGGAGCCCCAGCAGGUGUGCCUCAGGUACGAGGAUGGGUUCCAGUACCAGAACAUCUUUGGUCCCCUGGUGAAGCUGGAGGCUGAUUAUGACAAGAAGCUGAAGGAAUCCCAAACCCAAGACAAGAUAGAAGUGCGCUGGGACAUCGGCCUCAACAAGAAGAUCUGCGCUUACUUCACCCUGGCCAAGACUGACGGAGACAUGCGGCUCAUGCACGGAGAUGAGCUGCGGCUGAGGUACCUUGGGGACUUGCACAAGCCCUGGUCCGGGGUGGGGCACGUCAUCAAGAUCCCUGACAACUUUGGGGAGGAGGUCGGCAUUGAGCUCAAGUCCAACGUCGGUGUCCCCACAGACUGCCGGGACAAGUUUGUGGUUGACUUUGUGUGGAAGUCCACCAGCUUCGAUAGGAUGCAGGCUGCCCUCCGUAAGUUUGCUGUUGAUGACUCCUCUGUGUCACCCUACAUCUAUCACCGACUGCUGGGACACGUGGAGAUGGAUGAACUCAUCUUCCGCCACAUCCACCUGCCCAAACAGCUGUCCGCCCCAAACCUGCCAACCCUCAACACUUCACAGCAAUAUGCCCUGAAACAUGCCCUGCAGCGCCCCCUGUCCCUCAUCCAAGGCCCCCCAGGCACAGGCAAAACUGUGACCUCUGCCACCAUUGUGUACCAGCUGGUGAAGCAGACGGGUGGCUCCGUGCUGGUGUGUGCCCCCUCCAACACUGCCGUCGACCAGCUCACCGAGAAGAUUCACAAGACUGGAUUGAAGGUGGUGCGGCUUUGUGCCAAGUCCCGUGAAGCCAUUGACUCUCCUGUUUCCUUCCUCGCCCUCCACAACCAGAUCCGCAACUUAGAGGACAAUGGUGAGCUUCAGAAACUGCAGCAGCUCAAGGAGGAGACUGGUGAGCUCUCUUCAGCUGACGAGAAGCGCUAUCGCAUGCUGAAGAAGCAGGCCGAGAAGACCCUGCUGGAGGCUGCUGACGUCAUCUGCUGCACGUGUGUGGGUGCUGGAGACCCCAGGCUGGCUCGCCUCAAGUUCCACUCCAUCCUUAUUGAUGAGUCCAUGCAGGCCACUGAACCCGAGUGCAUGGUCCCGGUUGUCCUGGGGGCCAAGCAGGUGAUCCUGGUGGGGGACCACUGCCAGCUGGGGCCAGUGGUGAUGUGCAAAAAGGCCUCACGUGCUGGCCUCUCACAGUCCCUGUUUGAGCGCUUGGUCGUCCUUGGCAUCCGACCCUUCCGACUCACUGUCCAGUACCGCAUGCACCCCCAGCUGGCUCAAUUCCCCUCUAACUUCUUCUACGAAGGCUCCCUGCAGAAUGGUGUUGCUGAUGCUGAUCGCACCAUGAAGGGCGUGAGCUUCCCUUGGCCCCAGGCAGACAAGCCCCAGUUCUUCUAUGUUACAUCUGGCCAGGAGGAGAUAGCUGGCUCUGGGACCUCCUACCUGAACCGCACAGAAGCCUCAAGCGUGGAGAAACUGGUCACACGUUUCCUUAAUUCAGGGGUGAAGCCGGAGCAGAUUGGAGUCAUCACCCCUUACGAGGGUCAAAGGGCUUACCUGGUUCAGUACAUGCAGUACCAAGGCCCCCUCAACCAGAAGCUGUACCAACGGCUGGAGGUGGCCAGUGUGGACGCCUUCCAGGGCCGGGAGAAGGACCUCAUCAUCAUGUCGUGUGUGCGGUCCAACGAACACCAGGGCAUUGGCUUCCUCUCUGACCCCCGGCGCCUCAACGUGGCUCUGACUCGGGCACGCUAUGGCAUCAUUAUUGUCGGCAAUCCUAAAGUGCUCUCCAAGCAAGGACUGUGGAACCACUUGCUGCACCAUUUCAAAGAGAAGAAGGUGCUGGUGGAGGGUCCGCUCAACAACCUGAAGGAGUCUAUGAUGCAGUUCAGCAAGCCCAAGCGCCUGGUGAACGCUGCCAACCCAGGCUCUCACUUCAUGACCACUGCCAUGUAUGACGCCCGUGAGGCCAUGGUGCCAGGCUCCAUGUAUGACCGCUCCGGACCCAUCAAUGGCGCUACACCUCAGCCCUCACCUUACUUCAGAGGUCCAACCUAUGACAUGUAUGGCCGUGCCCACGACACUCUGGACUACAUCUCCACGGAGCACUCCCAGGCCGGCCUCAGCAACCUGCCUGUUCCAGUGGGCAUGUUUAUGAACAUGGCCCACGUGCCCCCACGCUUUUACCAGCAGCACCAGCAGGCCCUGGCAGCCCGGGGUGGCCGUGGGGGAGGGGCUGGGAUGCGGGGUAACCGGGGAGGCUCCAGGAAGCUGGCCAAGAAUAUGGGCGGGGCAGGGGGUCCCCAGCUCUCCCAGCCCUUCAGUCAGGACCCAAGCAUGCAGAACUACUCCCAGCCGGGACUCACCCAGGGCCACCUGUCACAGGGUAUGUCUGGUCCUGGUCUGAGUGGACUCUCCCAGGGACUGUCCCAGGCGGAGUUGUCUCAGGACUCGUACAUGGUGGACCAGUUCCAGAGCCAGACCGACGGCCUCCUCUCGCAGGACUCCACCUACCAGGGCGACCGUGCGUUCUUCACCCCGGCAUCACAAACGCACCACUUCUCACAGCCAUACUGAUGGCCGACCUGAAGACACCCUGGCGCAUGAAGGCGAUGAAGCAGCGCACCAGAGCAGCAAACAGCAGGUGGAGUAAAAGAGGGAGACCCACAGCAGGCACAGCAGCAAGAAAAGCAGCACAGAGAAUAGCAGGGUAGAGCAGUCACCCACCGGGGUUGCCACACUCGGGCCCUCUCAGCAAGGAAGCUGGGAGUGGCAGAUCACAAUUACGGGAGCACCGUCUCGCAGGCUAGAGGAGGGCCACCUACACCCUGGAACUAGGGAGGAGGGUGGCAGCUCCAAAUAUCAAAAUUUUUCUCUUGAAAGACCUACUCAGUAGUUGUCUACUGUUUUCAAAAUUUGUUCAGACAAAAGGAAGUAAUUUGGUAUUUCCUGGACCAAGGUUAUUACCUGUAAGUCAAGACAAGGGCAAGACACCCAUUCCUGAAGCACUGACAUUGGGCAGUGUGUGACCCUCAUCUGCCGGCCAUGGCAGAGAGGUGACUGCUGUGUUGACUUGUGUCCUGACCAGCGGUGAGGCUCACUCCCCUCACUCCUCCAUCACCUCCCGGCGCCACCAAUGCGUGGGGCUCUGGCGGCCGGAGAGGCGCGGCAUUCACCCAACGUACAUCCAGUUGUUGUCAGAUCCGUCUGUUUCUGUUGCGUUAAUUUGUUUUGGGGAAUUGACAUCUUUGGUUUUGUUUUGGGUUCUUGGUUCAGUAGGCCUGGGGUGUGCCUGGAAUAUACCUGCACCCCAGCAAACUCUUCUGUACUUAAUUUGUUCUCUCCUUCUGCCACUGACUGACUGAUUUAUCUCAGUGCCUCUGGAAAUUUAUUUUUACUUCCUGUGAGAAAGUUUCUCACUGAAUAUGAGUUUUAGUUGGUGUAUGGAAAAGUCUUACUCAAAACUCACCUACUUAUUAAUCUCAAGAAAAACAAAUGUCAAAAACGGAGUACAAAUUUUUAAGAGCUUGUUUGCUUUCAAAUAUUUAAACUGCCAGGAUUUGUUUUCUAAUUUCAUUUCACUUGCGCCUCAUUUAACCCAAGCGUUGCAAGUUGAGUAUGGUAUUUGUGGUUUUCACGGAGUGUAAUAACAGUGCAUUAUGGUGCAGAGGUGAAGAAGAGAGUAAUGUACGUCAUCACUUGCAUCAGAUAACCUUAUUUGCCAGAGUACUUUGCAGAAAAGGUAUAAAAUUUACCUUAUAGGUGAAAUGUCAUACUGAAAAUGUCCAUUAGGUUUUAUUGGAAGCGGAAGUCAUGAUUUACCGUAUAUACUCAUGUAAGAGCUGACACACUCAAAGACUAUGACAGGGUCGAUAAAGGGAUAAAUUUGACCACCUGGAAAAGUAGUGCCCAUGCAAAGGUCAACAACCUCAGAAAAUGGACCUUUAAAAAUCUGUUUAAAAAUAGGCUUUUACACAAGUAUACACGGUAUAUGACUUCUAUCAAUUGGCUGUUUUCUGCUGUCUGGCUAAUUAUUCUUUUUUCCUCCAUGACUCCAGCUUAUGUCUUAAAGCAUUGGCUCAUUCAGUGACUUGUUCUCACCCUGACUUCUUAUCCUGCGAUGAGCAGACUCCUGUGGCGGGACUCAGACCACGGAGCUUUUCCUGGGAAGGAUCAUGUGGCUGUGGCUCAUCCAUAGCAAAGGAGUCAGACUUGUAGUAGGAACUUAACUGUGUUAUUGGGUCAUUUAAGUGAUUUUAUUUUUCCUGAACUGUAAAGGAAACUGGUAAACAAAUAAAUUCAUUUACCCUC